GAAGUGAGGGGACCGGUAGCGCUACAACAACAACAAGAAGUCGGUCGUAUGUUUUUGUGUUUUUGUUCGUCCCGGGAAGGUUCUAGAAGACAUGGCAAUACCGGCCCAGCUCAAAGCCGUCCAGCACCACCUGCGGACCGCACAGGAACACGAGAAACGAGACCCAGUGGUGGCUUACUAUUGCCGACUGUAUGCCAUGCAAACCGGAAUGAAGCUGGACAGUAAAACUCCCGAGUGCCGAAAGUUCCUGGUCAAGCUCAUGGACCAGCUGGAGUUGAUGAAGGAAGAGUUGAAAGAAAAUGACUCCAUUACUCAGGAGGUGGUUGGCAAUGCACACAUUGAAAACUACGCCUUAAAGAUGUUCCUGUAUGCUGACAACGAGGACCGAGCUGGACAAUUCCACAAGAACAUGAUCAAGUCUUUCUACACGGCCAGUCUGCUCCUGGACGUCCUGUCCGUCUUUGGAGAGUUAUCAGACGAGAACAUUCAGCACAGGAAGUACGCCCGCUGGAAGGCCACCUACAUCCACAACUGUCUGAAGAGUGGCGAGACGCCUCAGGCCGGGCCGGUCGGCAUGGAGCUGGAGCAGGAAGCAGACCAAGAUGGAGAUGAAGGUUUCUCAGGUCAGACCUCCUCACUGCGGGGUUCAUUCAAGGGGGGAUCUUCCUCCCAGGACCAGACAUUCAGUGUAGGUCCGACCCCGGGUAUCGGCUUUGCUGCGGGUCCAAACUUGGCACCGUCGGGACCCCCCUCCGCCAACUACAACAUCCACAUCCCUCCUGGCGCGCACGCCCCCGCCAACACCCCUGCUGAGUUGCCACCCCCUACAGACGCAGUCAAACCAGUACCGAUGCCUCGAGUCGCACAUACUGUCGACCCCCCCUCCCUGCUGAACACCACCCAGCACCAAGGUGAUGUUCAUCUGUCUCCAGAAGACUUCACCAAAGCCCAAAAGUACUGCAAGUACGCAGGCAGCGCCCUUCAGUACGAGGAUGUGUCCACAGCCAUCCAGAACCUCCAGAAGGCCCUCAAGCUGCUCACUACAGGCAAAGAAUGACGCCUUUGUCCUCCUCCACCCCAGCAGCGCUCUAUCUGCAAUAUCUUCUCACACACACACACACACACACACACACACACACACACACACACACCAGAGCGUAACAAUGGCCACCAGUGUGUCUGUGCUGCCAAUCUUUGGUUGGUUUCGUUAUCAAACGAUUCGCUUAUGAACACGACAUGGCGUAGUGCACCUUGUCAAGAGCCAGCGUGGACAGAGUGGACAGGCGACACCUUUUUUAGCACCCACAAUGAUCAUGUGACCACAACUGACCUUUAUUGACCCACCAUCAGGACCCCCAAAUAAAGGAGGCUCAACAAGGGGUGCUCUUUUUCUUUGAUUUCCAGAAAUGAUUUGGGUUAUCGGUUGCUUGUGUUGAUUGACAGCUGCCGCAUUUGCUCCAGGGCUCCCCCUACAUGUGUGAGGGGACAUUGACUUUCAAGCUGCAUGUACAAUGAACAGCCACGCUAAGCUAAAUGCUAACACAAGAGGCUCUGCUCUAUUACUAUGCUAUCAUGUCAAUCAUGUUGUCACUAAUCUGGACGUGUAAAUUUGAUGCAAUCCUUCAAAAACAUUUCAAUAAAAUGUUUGACUUAUA